AUGAAAAAGACUGUACCUCGUGGAUCAUACGAAGAAUAUGUCACCAGCUACGACGGCAUUGAUUUUUCAGCUGUAAGCUGGAAAGAUAACAAGCAGGUUUGCUUGCUUUCAACUUAUGUUGGAGCGCAACCUUUAGAUACAAUAGUAAGGUACGAAAAAGCUGAGAAGUGCCGAAAAACAAUAACAUGCCCUAAAGUUGUUCGGGAGUAUAACGCCCAUAUGGGAGGUGUUAACCUAAUGGACUCCUUUUUAGGUAGAUAUAGAAUCCGAAUGAAAAUGAAAAUGGUAUAUGCGAAUCUAUGCGAAUAUAUGGGUGUUAUACAAAGAUGUAAGUAA